AUGGGGAUUCGAGUGACUGAGAUGGUUCAUCAUGCAAGGCAAAUUAUUCGAAGACGGUCUUCAUCAUCUAAGCAGCAGCAAUUGUCACACCAAACCUCAAGUUCAUUAGAUGUCCCAAAAGGCCAUUUCGCGGUUUAUGUGGGAAAGCAAGAAGAAAAAACCAAACGUUUUGUGGUGCCAAUAACAUACUUAAAGCAUCCUCUAUUUCAGGCCUUGUUGAGUGAGGCUGAAGAAGAGUUUGGUUUUGAUCAUAAAAUGCAGGGUCUCACAAUUCCUUGUGCUGAAGAUGUGUUUAUCAAUCUCACUUCUCAGUUGAGUAAUGGUUCUUCAUGA